AUGCUUCCGACCUCCCUUGAGGAGUCGCUUGCCUAUUUGAAAACUCUUGAAUCUGAUAUGAUAUCCGAAGGUCAAAUACAGGGCUCUCGACGGCUGCUGAAGCAAUUGACAAGAGUGUCCACGUUCGUUUUCAAUGCUUGUGGUCCAUCGACCGACCCGCGGAUCUACCUUGCUUUUCUGAAGCCAGUUGAGCAAGUCGUGCGGUCUCCUGAGUUCUGGCGGAACGACGAUAUCCUCAAGCAGGACUUGGCCGAAUUCAUAACUUACAUGCUUUCCCCAUUGGUCAACAGAUCACUUCGGCAUGUUCUGACUCAUGGGCUCGAUCCCCCAUGCAAAGAGGUCUUUGAAAAGCUCAACCACAUCGUGAUUCAUUCUGUGGCGUAUUAUCUCGACCGUCCAGAAGCAUUCGAAGCUCUACUUGAAGUGGGCCUUAGAGACCGCAAGUUCGUCCCACCUGUUGUUCGAUGUAUCGACAAGCUGACGAGAAAGGGCAUGCUUCCUCAACGAGAUGCACAGUAUGCAACACGGGUAUGUCAAGUUCUCCUCCAGCACACCAGAGAUCUCUUGAGACGAGCCGAACAUGCUGGCGAGGCUGAGGUUACCGCUUCUGACUUAGUAAUGGCUAGUAUGCUGGCUCGAGGUCACUCCUUCGACUUGGAGGCGGUUCUGGAGCUACUAUGCGAGCAAAUGAAGGAUGAUAUUACCCCUAGCGAGCUUACCGUACUACGUGCGGUAUGUGACUACCAGCUCCAGUAA